AUGUGGCAGGCCAAGUCUGCAAUGACCUGCACGGACGUCGUCUUCUCCAUCAAGGCGCGGCUGCCCAUCGACGCCGUGCUCAUCGGCCGCGCCUACCUCCCCGUCCAGGACCUCCUGUCGCUCACCCCCAAGGACCAGGACAUCGACAGGUGGCUGGACGUCCUGGACGAGCACAAGAAACCACUCCCGCACGGGCCAAAGAUCCACGUGCGGGCACGGUUCACGGACGUGGCCGUGGACCCCAGCUUCGGUAGGGGCGUCGGCGGCGCGCAGUACGCCGGCGUGCCGGGGACCUUCUUCAAGCAGCGGCAGGGGUGCAGGGUGACGCUGUACCAGGACGCGCACGUGCUGGACACGUUCAGGCCGGACAUCCAUCUCGCCGGCGGCCGGGCGUACGAGCCGCGCCGCUGCUGGGAGGACGUCUACGACGCCGUCGACGGAGCGCGCCACUUCGUGUACGUCACCGGCUGGUCGGUGUACGCCGAGAUCACGCUCGUGCGGGACGGCAGCCGGAAGCACCCCGGCGCCGGCACCACCCUCGGCGAGCUCCUCAAGCGCAAGGCGAAAGAGGGCGUGCGGGUGCUCAUGCUGGUGUGGGACGACCCCACCACGCUCCUCAACCUUGGCAUUCUUCCGAGCCAGCUGGGCACCAAUGAUGCCCACACGUUCAACUACUUCAGGGGCACUGGCGUGCACUGCGUCCCCUGCCCUCGCCACCUCGACGACAGCGAGUACCCCAUCGAGUUCCGGAAGACGUCCCACUCCCUGUUCAGGACGCUCAACACGGCGCACUCGAACGACUUCUACCAGAACAACAUCGACGGCGCGUCCAUCAACAAGGGCGGGCCGAGGGAGCCGUGGCACGACAUCCACUGCAGGAUCGAAGGCCCUGCCGCGUGGGACGUGCUCCACAACUUCGAGCAGCGGUGGAGGAAGCAAGGCGGCAAGGACGACAUCUUGCACAACGUGCUCUGGCCGUGGAAGAGCAAAGGUGACCUCCUCGUCGACCUGAAAGGUAUGGAGAACGUGAUCGCGCCGCAGUCAUCGCCGGCGAUCGCCGACGGUGACCAGGAGGCGUGGAACGUGCAAGUGUUCAGGUCCAUCGACGGCAGCGCCUGCUCAGGCUUUCCCAAAACCCCGCAGGAGGCGGCUCAGUCAGGGCUUAUCAGUGGCAAAAACCACGUCAUUGACAGGAGCAUCCAGGACGCCUACAUCCACGCGAUUCGCCGCGCCAAGCGCUUCAUCUACAUCGAGAACCAGUACUUCCUUGGCAGCUCGUUUGCCUGGAAACCCGACGGCAUAAAACCCGAGGAUAUCGGAGCAGUGCAGCUGGUGCCCAGAGAGCUGUCAUUGAAGAUUGUGAGCAAGAUCGAAGCCGGCGAACCCUUUGCAGUGUAUAUUGUUGUUCCAAUGUGGCCGGAAGGCGUUCCAACGGCUUGGAACAUCCAGACUAUGCUGAGUUGGCAGAGUAGGACGAUGGAGAUGAUGUACACCGACAUUUCCAAAGCGCUCAAGGCGAAGAACAUCGAUGCAAACCCAAAGGAUUACCUCUCCUUCUUCUGCUUGGGUAACAGGGACUUGAAGGUACCAGGUGAAUAUGAACCUAAACGUCAUCCGACACCUGGGACCGACUAUGACCAGGCCCAGAAGGCGCGGCGCUCUAUGAUCUAUGUCCACUCCAAACUAAUGAUCGGGCUACAUGGACUCGCCCCGGGCUGUAGCCCGGGCAGCCCGGGCCCUGGAUCCGCCCCUGACCAGGGGUUCAUGGACGGAGCAAGGGACUCUGAAAUCGCCAUGGGUGCGUAUCAGCCAUCCCACCUCAACACCAAUGGUGAUGUUGCCAGAGGACAGGUCUAUGGCCUCCGGAUGUCGCUGUGGUACGAGCACCAGGGCGAGCUGCAGGAGGAGUUCCAGGACCCGGGUAGCCUCAAGUGUGUUCAGAUGGUGAACAAGAGGGCUGACGAGUUCUGGAAGAUCUACACCAGCGAUAACCUGGAGGAUAACCUCCAGGGACACCUGCUCAGUUACCCCAUUGAUGUCACCAAUGAUGGCAUGGUGACAGAGCGUAAAGGGGUGAAAUUUUUCCCAGACACAGAAGCUCCAGUACUCGGCUCGGUACCCCUGCAUGUACAGCUCGGCAGUCCAUUCACAGAUUAUGUCUUUACUACAUGA